AUGACCGUUUCAUAUAUAUGUCUUGCGUGUCGCGCACAACGGACGAUUUUGUCAUCAGCAGGGCUACGCACUUCCGGUACACAGUCUCGACAAUCGGUCAAUGGGCAACGCGCCCUGUACGGUGGAACCGAUGGCCAUUCCUCGAGACAUGCACUUCAGGGUAGCAGGGAGGCUCUGCAGGAUUCGGCUAGCGAGACCGUCGAUGGAAUACUGAAUGGCUACACUGGACGAGUUGGGAGAUACUCAAAGCAGCCUUUGGGACCUCAAGAAAUUCUGACGCAGCUGGACCAAGAGAGAGGCCCGCAUACUCGACGGAGGGCACCCAUCGCAGGUCCCGCGAGGUCUCCCGUUGAACCACCACGCAAGCCGCCUAUUGAGGCCCGUGAGAGAAUACCCAUCGAAGACACGCGGAAGACAACACAAUGGAACUCCCAAACCACAUCCGAGACGGAAUCAUCGCAUUCACGACCACGAACGACCCAGACUUCGGCUCAUGCGGCUCUAGAGAGCAGGGUGCGCGACAUCAUAGAACAAGCCAAGCGGGACCCCUUCAAUGCAUGGAGUGCAUUGCAAGAGAUGGAAGCGGAAUACAUGAAGCUGAAGCCGACCGACCGGGUCUCUUUGACCUUUUAUCCAAACUUUGCGGUGGCCAUCAAGCCGCUUCUCCUCAGAGUGGUCGACAGAUGGGUGCAUUCCCUCAAACUCGGCACUACAAGCACUGUGCCGAGUCCAUCAGAUGCUUUUCGCACGCUACGGCGACUACGCUCAGCGAGUCAUUGGCAUACACAUCCCGUGCUUAUAACAAUGACUGUGGGCCUCGCGAACCUGAUUUUGCCCGGGCACCUUACGGACCCAGUUGUUCUCAAGCUGGCUAUUUCAGAAUUGAUGGAGAUCUGGAAAGGUGCCGUGUUCUCCACGAGUCCGGGUGAGCCCACAAAGCCGUCCACGAAUAGCGAUCCCACUGCAGUACGCCCGAGCGUGGCGGAUGAGUUUGAUUGGAGCUUCCUGCCCUCCUUAGGAAGCUUUGAACAGUCGGAAAGUCUUGCUGUUGAGCCAGACAUGACCUUCGAGGCCAUGCUGCGUACACUUGCCCGGUUACCUGAAUCGUUGGACGCUACCCAAGCUAAUGAAACACGGUAUGAUUAUGCGACUCCCGCGCUACUGACGCUGGAAGUGGUCCGCAAGACAUGGUCCGUCAUUGAGCUGUCGCAACAUGCGCCAUUUAUUGAUCUCCUAGAGGGACUGCUGAAGGCUGCUCCACAAUCGCGCGUUCCACCAAUUCUGGCCACACGGAUGACAGGGAUGUACGACAAGCUGCUCUUCGAACGCUAUGAAGCCAUGAUUGAGAGGUUCGGCUUGAAGUAUACUCCAAUUGUCGACCCAGCAAAGCCCGGCAAAGCCCGCGAGACAAUCGCCACGUCGCACGAGAAGCACGAAGAGCUCAAUGACUCAAAAGAGGGAUUCCGUUUCCCGUUUUCUGAACCACCGCGAACUCCCGAGAUUGAGGAGUUCGCGACUAAGCAAAUCAGCUCUUUGUUCAACGCGCGAGAGCGGCGUGAUGCAAUGUGGAUGGAGCGCAUCAGGUCCAAUGUCUGCAAGUUUGCCCAGCUUCAAAAUCUUGAAUCCAACGUUCUGCCCAUCGAGGUCUACGAGCAUCUCAUGUUGGCAUUUCUGGAGGCACGACACCCGGAAAGUGCUGUUCAGGUUUGGACACAUAUGGGCAAAGCUGGAUACAAGAUGCGAGUCAACACUUACACCGCCGUCAUGCGUGGCGCCCAGUUCUCCCGCGAUGUGAGUGGCUUGCACAGUAUGUGGAAGCGAAUGCGGCACGCUGGCAUACAGCCUGAUCAUCAAGCUUGGUCUACACGAAUCUUCGGCCUUUUGAGGCUGAAGCAGACCCGAGAUGGGCUCUUGGCAUUGAGUGAAAUGGGAAAGGAGUGGCAUGCUGCCGCUCACGAACAGCAUGCGAGAGAGAACAAACAUACUCGCAAGAACGCCAACACGCCUGAAGUGAGCAUCGCUCAGCUCUUGAUCAAGUAUCCAGGGGAUAUUAAUGGCGUACCGCGGCCCAACUGCGCCAUCAUGAACUCAGCAAUCUCAGCGCUUGCCAAUACCACGGACUGGGAGGUUGGAAAGGUAGUGGCUUGGGGCCGCACAUUCGGGAUAGAACCAGACCUCAUCACCUACAACACGUUGAUGAAUAUUGCCAUGCGGCAUUCCAAAGCGAACGACGCUCUGAAGAUUCUACAACGAAUGCGAGAGCGUGGCAUUGAGCCAGAUAGCACGACCUGGACGGUGCUCCUGACCGCAUUGUUCCAAGGCGGCUUUCUCGACGGUCUCGACCACGCCGCGCAGGAGAAGAAGGUAUUCGGUCUCCUCGAUACUCUCACCAGCGAGAGUGACAAUCUCUCCUUCGACGUCAAAGCCUAUGCUCUCAUCAUCGACCGCCUCCUCAAAGUCCACUCGAAUGUGUCCGCCGCAUCGGCUGUUCUCAACCACAUGCUCGAGAAUGGCUGCCAGCCAACACCACACAUCUACACGAUCCUCAUGAGCAACUACUUCGAUUCGCAGCCUCCCAACCUCCCAGCAAUCGAAGCUCUGUGGGCUCGCAUCGAAGACAGCAAAGGCUCCAAGACCGCACCCAUGGACGGCAUCUUCUUCGACCGCAUGAUCGAGGGUUACGCCAAACUUCACCACGAAGUCGGCAUUCAGCCGAUGCUCGAUUUCCUUCGUCGUUCUCAACAUCUCGGCAUCAAACCUGGUUGGCGUGCGCAGGAGUGCGUCGCGCGGGCGCUGGCGGAGCGAGGCGAGUGGAAUCGACUGAGCGGAUUGGUGCAGGAUGUGAGGGCUCGUUUGCGCACCAGUCGUGGUGCGACGCAAUAUCAUGGUCAGGCUGAUUUCUGGGACUUUGUCAUUUCUACGGGCGUGCUCAACGAUGAGUCCAUCACGGGGCGGGAGCAAUUGAUGCCGAAGGAGAAGAGGCCGAGUCCAUUGCUGAGAGCGUAGGCUUGAUGGCAUGGGAUGUGAUGUCGGCAAUUGAAUCUGUGGGUUGCGAAGACGCCGGAGUCCAUGGAUAGCCUGCCGAU